UCUCCCCUCCGCCUCCCCCGCCAUGCCGCCUCCUGCGGCCGCCCUCGCGUGGCUCUCCAUUGCCACGAUCGCCGUCGCUGCCGUCGCCGUCGCCAUCGUAUCAUCAUCGGUGGGGGGCAUCGGGGUGAACUGGGGGACGCAGAUGUCACACCCGAUGCUACCGACGACGGUUGUGCGAAUGCUGAAGGCGAACGGCAUCAGCCAGGUGAAGCUGUUCGACGGGGACGCGUGGACCGUGGGCGCGCUCGCAGGCACCGGCAUCGAGGUCGUGCUCGCCAUCCCCAACGACCAGCUCGCUCGGAUGAGCAGCAGCUACGACAACGCCAAGAAGUGGGUCAAGGAGAAUGUUACCAGAUAUGACCACGAUGGAGGGGUCAAUAUCAAGUAUGUGGCCGUGGGUAAUGAGCCCUUCCUGAAGAGCUACAACGGCUCGUUUCUGCGCACCACCUUUCCCGCCCUAAAGAACGUUCAAAAGGCCCUGGACGAGGCCGGGGUCGGAAACCGGAUCAAGACCACCGUCCCGCUCAACGCUGAUGUCUACAGCUCCCCAGACGACGACCCCGUGCCGUCUGCCGGCAACUUCCGCUCCGACAUCUGCGAGCUCAUGGUACAGAUUGUUCGCUUCCUCCGCGACCACAAUGCCCCGUUCGUCGCCAACAUCUAUCCCUUCCUCAGCCUCUACCAGAACCACGGCUUCCCCGUCGCCUUUGCCUUUUUUGAUGGCGGCGGCCCCACCAUCGAUGACAAGGGGGCCCACUACACCAACGUGUUCGACGCCAACUACGACACUCUCGCCUGGUCGUUGAAGAAGGCCGGCGUGCCUAACAUGCCAAUCAUUGUCGGCGAGGUUGUUUGAAACAAUAUAUAUAUAUAUAUAGAGAGAGAG